AUGAGGGCCAAGACUGACAAUACUUGCAACACAGGAUCCUUCCCGUUUCUGACUCACUAUCCGGAACUUACCCUUGAUAAAUGGGCUAAGCGAUUUGGUGACUUAUACUCUGUCUGGCUUGGACAGCAACUAGUUGUCGUGAUUUCCAGCUCAGAUGUCGCCAAAGAUCUUUUGGUGACCAGGGGUGCAAUCUGCUCCUCGCGCAAAGACAUGUACAUCAAGAGUCAAUGUGUACUUGCCGGACGAGGAAUCACCGUCACGCCGUACAACGAUACGUGGCGGAAACACCGCCGUAUCGCAAAUGAUUGGCUGCACCAGAAGGCCGUUGACAAGUUCACUUGUGUCUUUGACAGAGAGGCUACUGACAUGGUCAACUGCCUCCUGGAGGCAAGUAGUGAUGGUUGCUCUCUUGUUGAUCCCCGGCCAUUCGCUGGCCGGUGCUCCCUCAACAACAUGUUGACUAUGGUGUUUGGUGUAAGGACAGGUUCGGUGCGAGACCCCCUCGUAUCGACGGCACUGCGACUUGCCCGCGAGUUCAUGAAUGUUACAGGUCCCUUGUCUAAUCUCCUAGAUUUCCUGCCCCUGCUACAACAUUUCCCGUCCAAGUUUCGUUCUCGGGGCCAACAGUUACACCGUGACCUGGUCAAGACGUAUGGGGGCAUGAUUGAAAACAUUCAUCAGCGUUUGAGCUGCGGACAAGAGGUUCCGGAUUGUCUCGCUACAACCUUGCUCACCAUGCGCGAAGAAGAGGAGCUGGACGACUUGGACAUGGCCAUGAUGGCCUCGGCUUUUAUGAUUGGUGGUGUGGAGACUACGGCAUCCAUCAUGCAGUGGUUUCAAGCACUCAUGCCGUCGUACCCGGAAAUCCAGCGUCGCGCCCAAGACGAGCUGGACUGUGUUGUCGGCAGAGACCGUCUGCCCGAUGCCCAAGAUGAGAAGAACCUCCCAUACUGUCGGGCCAUCAUCAAAGAAGUCGAGCGAUGCUACAAUCCCUUUUGGCUGGGAACUCCACACGUGGUUUCCGAAGACUUUGUUUACAACGGACAGUUGAUUCCAAAGGACACGGUUCUGGUCCUGAACACAUGGACCAUACACCACGACGAGCGUCGUUUUCCGGAGCCGCAAAAGUUUAAUCCCGAUCACUACAUCAACGACACGCUUUCGUCUGCGCAGAGCUCAAACUUGAGCGACGCCAACGGGCGUGACCACUGGAUGUUUGGCGCUGGGCGGCGCAUCUGCCCGGCCAUCUUGGUCGCCGAUCGCGAGAUCUUCCUGGCCAUCUCGCGCAUCCUGUGGUCUUUCACCAUGGAAGCUGCGCCCGGACACCCUAUUGACCUGAAGGAUUACGAUGGCCUAUCGGGCCGGUCACCUAUGCCGUUCAAGAUCCGCUUGAGGGUUAGAGACAAUAAUGUGGCUCGAGUGUUGAAAGAUGCCACGGAAGGCGGUCUUGUGUCUUGUCUGACUACAGAGGUUGAGUCACUAUACGCAUGA